UUUGAACUGGGAGUUGGCAGAGUCUCCUGCAGGCAUCGCAUCAGUCUCAGUGGGGGGAAGAAAAGGCUCCACCAGUUUCUGCAGACUUGUCUUGCGAAGUGAUUUAAAGAUGCAGAGCUGCGCCAAGUCCUGGGGGAUCUUCUUAGCCAAGUCGGUGAAUCCCAGCGCACCGUGUAGGCAUCUGAGUGACAAGAGCCGCGUGGUUUGGAAACUUCGGUGCAGGAUCCCAAACAGCAGGGCAUGCCUACCAACAGCAGCCCGGGGUCUGAGGACCUCUGCGGCGGUCUCCUCCAGACAGAUAGAGAGACUCUUACCCAGACAUGAUGACUUUGCAGAGAGGCAUAUUGGUCCAGGUGAGAGGGAGAAGAGAGACAUGCUGGAUGCUCUGGGACUCGAGUCGAUCACCCAGUUGAUCGAAAACACAGUUCCAUCCUCCAUCCGUAUCAAGCGGACUAUGAAAAUGGAUGAUCCAAUCUGUGAGAAUGAGGUUCUGGACACUCUACAGAAGAUUGCUUCACAGAACAAAGUAUGGAGGUCCUACAUCGGAAUGGGAUACUACAGCUGCUCCGUACCGCCACCCAUCCAGCGUAAUCUCCUGGAAAAUUCAGGCUGGGUCACUCAGUACACACCGUACCAACCAGAGGUUGCUCAAGGUCGCCUUGAGUCACUCCUCAACUACCAGACCAUGAUCUGUGACAUCACUGGCAUGCCUGUGGCCAACGCAUCCCUGCUGGACGAGGGAACGGCUGCAGCUGAGGCAAUGCAGCUGUGCCACAGACAGAACAAAAGAAGAACCUUCUACAUUGACCCACGCUGCCAUCCACAGACCAUUGCAGUGGUGCAGACCAGAGCCAACUACAUCGGGGUGAAAACCAUCCUGAAGCUGCCUCAUGAAAUGGACUUCACUGGGAAGGAUGUGAGCGGUGUGCUCUUCCAGUAUCCAGACACUGAUGGCAGGGUGGAAGACUUCACAGCCCUUGUGGACCGGGCGCACAAGGGAGGGGCUCUGGCAUGCUGCGCUACAGAUCUGUUGGCCCUUUGCGUCCUGCGUCCCCCCGGUGAGUUUGGUGUUGAUAUCGCACUGGGAAGCGCCCAGAGGUUUGGAGUUCCUCUCUGCUACGGUGGUCCCCACGCUGCCUUCUUUGCUGUUAAAGACAGCCUGAUCCGGAUGAUGCCCGGCAGAAUGGUUGGAGUCACUAGAGAUGCGGCUGGUAAAGAGGUGUACCGACUUGCCUUGCAGACCAGAGAGCAGCACAUUCGCAGAGACAAAGCAACCAGCAACAUCUGCACUGCACAGGCUCUGCUGGCCAACAUGGCUGCCAUGUACGCAGUGUAUCACGGUCCUCAGGGACUCAAACACAUUGCAGAGAGGACACACAACGCUGCUCUGAUCCUUUCUGAAGGUCUUAAGAGAGCAGGACACCGGCUGCAUAGCGAAACGUUCUUCGACACUCUAAAGAUUAACUGCAGUGUUGCAGCCAAAGACAUCUUUGAGAGAGCCGCGCAGAGGGAGAUAAACCUGAGAGUCUACACUGACGGAGUGCUGGGUGUCUCCCUGGAUGAGACGGUGACUGAGAGGGACUUGGACGACUUGCUCUGGGUCUUCGGCUGUGAAUCUUCAGCUGAGCUGAUUGCUGAGAAGAUGGGCGAGCGGGUGAAGGGGCUCUUGGGAAGUCCUUUCAAGAGAACGAGCAAGUAUCUGACGCACCAGAUCUUUAACAGUUAUCACUCUGAGACCAACAUUGUGAGAUACAUGAAGCGUCUGGAGAACAAGGACAUCUCCCUGGUGCACAGUAUGAUACCACUGGGCUCCUGCACCAUGAAACUGAACAGUUCUUCAGAGCUCAUGCCGAUCACCUGGAGGGAGUUUGCGAACAUCCACCCCUUCGUGCCUCUGGAUCAGGCUGAAGGCUACCAGAAGCUCUUCAUGCAGCUGGAAAAGGACCUCUGUGAGGUGACAGGCUAUGACAACAUCUCCUUCCAGCCAAACAGUGGUGCUCAGGGAGAAUAUGCUGGCCUGGCUGCCAUAAAAGCCUACCUGAACUCAAAGGGGGAGAGUUCAAGAAGUGUUUGUCUGAUCCCCAAGUCCGCCCACGGCACCAACCCAGCGAGUGCUCAGAUGGCUGGCAUGAAGGUUCAGGUGGUGGAGGUGGACAAAGACGGCAACAUCGACAUGGCACACCUCAAAGCUCUGGUUGAUAAACACAAGGCGAGUCUGGCCGCCAUGAUGAUCACAUACCCUUCCACCUUUGGUGUGUUUGAGGAGAAGAUCAGCGACGUAUGUGAUCUUAUUCACCAGAACGGAGGGCAGGUGUACCUGGAUGGUGCCAACAUGAACGCCCAGGUGGGCCUGUGUCGUCCUGGAGACUAUGGCUCCGACGUGUCCCAUCUUAACCUACACAAGACCUUCUGCAUCCCUCAUGGUGGAGGAGGACCUGGCAUGGGCCCAAUAGGAGUGAAGGCCCAUCUCGCCCCCUUCCUUCCGAGCCACCCUGUGGUUCCCAUGUAUGCAGUCAACAAUGAAAGCUCGCUGGGCACCAUCAGCGCCGCCCCCUGGGGCUCCAGCGCCAUCCUGCCAAUCUCCUGGGCAUACAUCAAGAUGAUGGGAUCCAAAGGACUGGUUCACGCUACAGAAGUGGCCAUCCUCAACGCCAACUACAUGGCUAAGAGGCUGGAAGACCACUAUAAGGUCCUCUUCAGAGGCAGCAAAGGUUUUGUAGCCCACGAGUUCAUUCUAGAUGUGAGGCCAUUCAAGAAGACGGCCAACAUUGAAGCUGUUGAUGUGGCCAAAAGGCUGCAAGAUUAUGGUUUCCAUGCGCCCACCAUGUCAUGGCCGGUGGCUGGGACCCUGAUGAUCGAGCCCACGGAGUCAGAGGACAAGGCUGAGAUGGACCGGUUCUGCGAUGCGCUGCUUGGUAUCCGACAGGAGAUCGCUGACAUCGAGGAGGGAAGGAUGGACUCCCGCAUCAACCCGCUCAAGAUGGCCCCUCACUCUCUGGCAUGCAUUUCCUCCUCCAACUGGGACAGACCCUACUCCAGAGAGCACGCUGCUUUCCCCUUGCCGUUCAUUAGGCCUGAGACCAAAUUCUGGCCGAGCAUCUCCAGGAUUGAUGACAUCUACGGCGACCAGCACCUUGUGUGCACCUGCCCCCCCAUGGAGGCCUACGAGUCUCCGUACGAGGAGAAGAGAGCCUCCUCAUAGACGCUCCCUGGCCUCCGUUCCCAACGUCUGGCCAGAGCUCUCAAACCUCACAGACUUUAACACUGAGAGACAAGGAAGUUCUAACAGCUCAAAACAUCACUGUGGUGAAAUCACGUUGGCUGGAUCAGGAACACUCCUGUUGCCAAUGAUGCCUUUUUUUAAUCAGAUCUUGUGACUUUUGUUCACAAAAUGAUUGAGCUGUACAUUAAUAUAGUAUGUUUCAGGAAAUCAUGCAAAAACAAAUCAAAACUGUCAGGCUCUUAAUGGGACAAAUAACUGGACGGUGCUGCUAUUGCUUGCUUCAGGAUCUGUCAAAGUUUGUAAAUUAGAAAUGUCAGUAUUAGCCUGGUCAUCUCUUUACAUUACUGCCCUAUUAAUUGAGGGCAAUUGUAGAAACCAGAAUAAAAAGUGUCUCAAAAGUCUGGAAGACCGCUCGAUAGCCCUCGUGGAUUUCAAAAUGAAAAAGCAUACUGCUUAUUAUGAAUAAGUGUUAAAGUCUGUGAGGAAGACAUUGGGAUCUGGCUUCUUCUCUGAUCGCAACCCUUUUACAGGGGUCACAGGGUUCUCCCCUACUCAAACUCUUCCAAUGGACCAAAUGUGCAACUUACGCUUUUCUGAGUCGCAAAAUAUGUGCACCCUUGGACACCAAGUCGCUCUGUAACACACUUCUGAAUUACUGUAUUGUAAGUUAAGUACAGGUAAUUUAUAGACUCCUAUAUAUUCUAGAAUAUAUAUAUAUAAGAAAUGCCCUUGGUGCCUCAAUUCUGUUUUGUAAAAUAGCUGCCUUUACUUUCCCUUUUUUCAAAUACUAUGGUAAAACAUAAGUGGUAGUUUAUUGUAGUCUUUUGUUAAUAUGCAUCUGUUGUAUGAAAAAUGUUUUAAUGUGUAUUGUGAUAUUUGUUGACCAAGUAGCUGGGUAAUGGUAAUAUUAAAUUGAGUAUUUUCUAAUCUAAAAUGUUUUGUCUGUAGAAAAAAAACAAACAUGUAAUAAACAUUUGUCUUUAA